AUGUUGGUCGUAAUCCUGUUUUGGACAAUUUUUAGCUUUAACCUAGCCGUUGAUGACGUCACGAUCUCGCUCAAGGAAAUUAGCUACAGUGGCGAGUUCGCCGGAGACGCGGUGAAAGAGAACAUGUCGAAGACGAUCGGACUCGUGAUUCACGAUGGAGGCUAUUUGGAUCGUUGCGUGGUCAAGAACGUAUUUGAGCCAGGAGCGGAGCCAUGCCACCUCCAUGGCGUCGGAAGCGAUCCGGAAGCGAUUCUGCGCGCGAUUGUCUUCAUGCACGCUUAUUUGCUCUACGGUCGCCACGGGACCGAGGGUCGAACGCAAUACUGCGUCGAUUUUAAGCGGAGUGGCGCUGGAAUUUACAUGCCCGACCUCCGCCUUGAGAUCAUGAGCACGUCACCAUAUUGCAAACUCGGUGAACACCAAUGCACGCCGUGCGAUGCCGGAAGUGAGCUGCAAGCCAACGGGGAAACCAGCUACCCACGUGGAUUUCCUUGGGUUGCGGAAUCU